AUGUCUAUUCGGAUAGACUGGGAUCUCAUCUUAGGAGUUCCAGAAGCUUUGGUUCUAUUGAGUCUGGUGUCAGUGGUGACUCCAGGGUUCCAGUUUCGAAGUAGAAAUGCUUCAGAUGCCUCAGUGAGCAAGCCUUGUGCUCUUGGGGAGUAUACGAGCAGAGCUCAGUGUACACAGUCCCAGUAUAAGCUGGUAUGCAAGGAUGGCCUCGCCAGUUACUGGAUGCGAGGGAUCAAGUGA